CAUGCAUCAUUUCUCUCUCUCUCUCCAAUAUCACUCACUUUGGACUCUCUGUCUCCUCCUACCCAGCCCCCAAUAUAAAUUCAUUCAAACCCUUUCUUUUCAUCUUCAUUCCUAACCCAAUUCAUGAGGACACCAUCUUCUUUCACUAACAUGCUAUCAAACAACAGUAACAUGACCAUGGAUGAUCUUAAUAACUGGGGUACUUCUGAAACUAAUCAUCAAGUUCCCAAAUUCAACUCUGUUCAACCUCCCUCACCAACUUCUCCUUCUUCUUACUUGGCUUUUAGCCCAACUGAGUUCUUCAAUUCACCUCUGUUUUCUCCAAAUAUUUUUGCAUCUGCUGCUACUGAGAGUUUUACUGGUGAAAAGGAGGAUGGGAAAAACUACUCUGACUUCUCUUUCCACACGCAAACAGAGCCUUCAUCUGGCUUCCAAUCUCCCUCAAGCAUGUUUCAAGAGGAACCCCCAAAGAAACAAGACUUAUGGAAAUUCAAUGAACCUAUAAAGCAAACUGGUUUUUCAAGUGAAUGUAUAGCAACAAAAGCAGAAUACCAUUUACAAACUCAGAGCUUUUCCUCAGAAAUGUUACCAUGCAAACCAGAAAUGCAUAGCAAUUCAAUUCCUGGGUCUCAUUAUUCCAACUCCACGAAUGCACCUCAGUCUGUUAGAGAACAACGGAGAUCAGAAGACGGGUUCAAUUGGAGAAAAUAUGGGCAAAAACAAGUAAAAGGUAGCGAAAAUCCACGCAGUUAUUACAAAUGCACGCAUCCAAGUUGCUCAAUGAGGAAGAAAGUUGAGAGGUCUUUGGAUGGAGAAAUUACUGAAAUAGUCUAUAAGGGAAGUCAUAACCACCCCAAGCCCCAGUCUACGAGAAGAACAAGCUCUCAACAAUUUCAUCAACCCUCUUCUUCAUGCACCAACUCAGUUAUUUCUGAUAUACAAGAAGAUUCUUCAGCAUCUGUAGGAGAGGAAGACUUUGCGGCGCAAACAUCACAAACUAGUUAUUCUGGAGGAAAUGAUGAUGAUUUUGGACCAGAGGCCAAAAGAUGGAAGGGAGAUAAUGAAAAUGAUAGCUAUUCUGCCUCAGAGAGUAGAACUGUUAAGGAACCUAGAGUUGUUGUUCAAACUAGAAGUGAAAUUGAUAUACUUGAUGAUGGCUAUAGGUGGAGGAAAUAUGGACAGAAAGUAGUUAAGGGAAACCCAAAUGCAAGGAGCUAUUACAAAUGCACAGCCCAAGGUUGUUCAGUGAGAAAACACGUUGAGAGAGCCGCACAUGAUAUCAAAUCUGUUAUCACAACUUAUGAAGGGAAGCACAACCAUGAUGUACCUGCUGCACGCGGUAGUGCAGGUUAUAACAUGAACAGAAAUUCUCUGAACAGCACCGUAUCAGCACCUAUAAAGCCCUCAGUGGUGAGCUGUUAUAAUAAUAGUGCAUCUAGCUUCACAAAUUCAGUUUAUAAGACUAAGCUUCCAGAAAAUGGAAAUCAAGAAUCAUAUCCACAGAACAUAUUGCAGAGUCCUGGAAGCUUUGGGAGGGAUAGCUCAUUCCUUCAGUCAUUUCUAUCAAAGGGUUUCUAAAUUUGGGACCACAACUUUAUAGUUUGUUUGUAUUGGAUAUGUUUCUGUAUAGAAUGUAGGAUUUUAGUUAUGCAUAGCAGAAUAGAACCAAAGAAUCAUGAAUGGUUACUUGGCACUACAGCCAUAGUGAUAGAAAAUAUAGCUGCAAUGAAUGUUGUCAAGCAGAUACUAAGAAUGAGUUGACUGAUGAAUACUGUUAUUCUUUUGUUGUAUUUAAUUUAAUGGAAGAAAAGGUUUCUUUGGA